AACAACAAUUUUUUCUUCUUCUUUUUGCUGUAGGUAUGAAAACUUACUUUAUCGCUGGUCGCAAUGCUUCUGCGAGCCCUGCGACCAAGUACCAUGGCAACAUGUCCUCAGCCUCACUUGACGCAGCAUCCGGGAGUGCAGCCAACGUGACAGAAGACACAGACAGUGAGCGUGGUGAGGGAAGCGAGGCCAAGCAGGACUUACAGAGCAGGAAACCAUUGCUGUCCUCUAAUAUCAACGGUGCUAGCGGCAGUGGGGGUAGUCCAGAAAAGUCUGUUGGGGAAGGAUCAGAGACUGUGGAGGAAGGCAAGGAUGCUGUGUUGAACCAUGCGGAAAAUCAAGCGGGAGGAGACAGUAAGCCAGAGAAUGGCGGGGUCAUCAGUCAACCGGGCUCAGGUGCGGAAACCCCUCAGGGUGGGGCGAUGGAAGCAAACCCCCUCACUCUCAAUGCAUCCAUCAUUAUGCAUCAUAAUGAAGAACCUAACACAGAGAACCAACUCACCAAGUUCCUCAAGGAAGAUGGUCAGAUGGACUACUUUGAAAAACCACCCAUCAGUCAGUUCUCUCUCAGGUUUCUUGACAGAGAGGUUGAGGACAAGUACCACUCUCAGUUCACUCCUGAUUACAUGCAACCUGACCGCCAAGUUGAUGGGAAUGAUGAUAAGCGCAACGAACGUCGUCAUUCAUCAGAGACAAUCUCUACCACCCGCUACAAUACCCUACUUGAUGUCUGCAUUGCAUUUGCCACUUUUAUCCUGGUUGGCAUUUCUUGUUUCCUGGUGUUCAACAUCCCUAUACCUUGGGCCGUCUUAUUCCCCAUCAUCUCCAUCCUGCAGGUUAUCAUCCUCUUGGCUAUGGUACGAGAAGCAUUCUGCAGGAACGUUGGCAUCAUCCUGGCCGAGUACAUAGCUGCUCUGUUCCACAACUGGUACCGACGUCACAUCCUGGGGGCGCUGCUCCUUUGCUGUCCAGUCAUCGCCGUCUUCACCAACUAUUCCUGUGACAAUGAUGGCUGCUUUGGCGAGAACCGGCUCUUCUUCUGUUUCCUUCUGGUGGUGUCACUCCUGCAUUUCUGCAAUUUUGUCCAGCUGAACCUGUGGAUGAAGCUCCUUCUUGCGUUGGCAAGUGGUACCAUUCUGCUGGUCCUGCUCUUUAUAUGCAGGAAUUGUCCCUUUAUAGUUGACAUGGAAUCUUUUGAUGGUACUACACCUACACCCUAUGAUCUGGUUGAUGCUACACCCACCAUGCUGACAGAUCUCUGUGAAAUGAAUUCCCACCAUUAUGUCAACCCUGAAGAAGUCAUCCUUGUCAUCAUCCUCCUGCUCAUUCUCAUCUUUGUCUUAAAUCGUGAGUAUGAGAUUGGCUUCCGCCUCAACUACUACUCCAACUACCAGGCUCUGGUUGAUCAUGAAAAGAUGAAGAGUCUCCAGGAAGAAGCAGAGAAAUUGCUGCAUCACAUCGUGCCACAGUUUGUCACCGAGCAGCUCAGGACCACCUCCAAGUUCUCCCAGAACCACGACAAUGUCGCCGUAAUCUUCUGCAGUAUCGUCAACUUCAAUGACUUCUAUGAGGAGGCAUACGAGGGAGGCAAAGAAUGCAUCCGAGUUUUACAUGAACUUAUCAGUGACUUUGACAAUCUCCUCAAUGAUCCUAAAUAUAAGGAAGUGGAGAAAAUCAAGACGAUAGGUUCCACUUACAUGGCUGCAUGCGGACUUCGUCCGAGCGAAAAGCCAAACGAUGUACAGACACUAGUCACUCUCAUGGACUUUGCUGAUGAGAUGAUGUUGCAAAUACAAAAAUUUAAUGAGGAUGUCCUGAGCAUGACAAUUGGUGCAUUUAACUUCAUCUUGAGGAUAGGAUAUAAUCAUGGGAAAUUAACCUCUGGUGUUAUUGGUACAACCAAGCUCCUUUAUGACAUCUGGGGUGAUACUGUCAAUGUAGCUAGCCGUAUGGACUCAACGGGUAUGCCUGGUCAUAUCCAGGUUACAGAACACUCCAUGAAAGUGCUACAACCAUAUUAUGAAUUUGAGAAGCGAGGAGAAGUGAAAGUCCGGGGCAAAGGAGACAUGACGACCUAUCUUUUAGUGAAAAAAAGACCCGUUCCUCUGUCGGAGACCCAAUAAAUAAAGUUCAAGUUCAAGCAACCAGUCUUGCAGACUCUUGAUCUGUGAUGGACUCCAGAUAGAACUACAACUGAAUCCAUAGAACAACGAUUAAACAUCUGUACUGCUGAACACAGCCUCUUGUGUACAUAUCAACGAUGAAGAGAAUGACCACUGAGUUCACACAUGUCUGGAAUUAUGAUGAUGAAACCGUUCUGAAACAGGGUUUAGCUAUAUUAACAUUGCCACAUGAUUUUUUCUUUUUUUUCACUUGAUAAAUUUGAUUACCAUUAUGACUAAAACCAUAGAUUGCUUGUAUUUGUUUUCUGUGAUGAAAACAUGAUGGAAAGGAAAGUCUAAAAUGGAAACGUAGAGAUCAAAAUAAUAUUUUUCCUCUCUUUAUCAAUGUUUAUGGAUUCAUUUUUAUAUUGAGACCCUAUUCCCAUAAAGUUUUUGACAUGAUGUAGUAUCCACACCUGCUUUGAAAACAUGAUUAGUAUGGAUGGAAGGGACAAAGUCAAGAUUGAU